ACCCUCAAUUUCGUUUUCUGCCGAUCCUCUUAAAAAUUGAGACUUUCCCCUUUGCCUUUCGCUGGGCGUCUUCGCGAACCAAAUUUUGAUUAAGCACCACCAACUCUCACUUUCUCGCUGAAAUCACCAAAUUUUGGGACUUGGAACGAGAGGAGAUGGAUCGUGUUGGCAGUCUACCAGACGAGCUUCUUUGUCAUAUACUGUCCUUCCUUACCACAAAGGAGGCUGCUUUGACUUCUCUUCUCUCCAAGAGGUGGCGCAAUCUCAUUGCUUUUGUUCCUUAUCUUGAUUUUGAUAACUCUGUCUUUCUUCAUCCGGAAGAGGGCAAGCGGGAAAGGCAUGAAAUUAGGCAGAGCUUCAUGGAUUUUGUAGAUAGGGUGUUGGCUCUGCAGGGUGAGUCUCCCAUUAAGAAAUUCUCCCUCAAGUGUAGAACUGGUGUUGAUUCAGAUCGUGUGGAUGCUUGGAUAAGUAAUGUUCUACGCCGCGGUGUUUCAGAGCUUUAUCUAUUAAUCAUUUUAGGUAUGACUAUGGAAGAUAACUAUCGGCUGUCGCCAAAAGGUUUCGAGAGCAGGACACUAGUUAAGCUGAAAAUAGACUGUGGAAUUGAUGUUAGUUGGAUGGCUGGGAGCAUUUUCUUACCAAUGCUUAAAACUCUAGUUCUUGACUCGGUUUCGUUUUAUGUUGAUAAGUUUGAGACUCUUCUUCAUGCUUUGCCUGCGCUUGAUGAUUUAGUCCUGGUUGAUGUUAACUGGUUAGAUUCGAAUGUCACCAUCUCAAAUGCAAGCCUCAAGACCCUAACAAUAGACUCCGAUGGUCAUUUAGGCACUUUUUCAUUUGAUACACCUAGUCUUGUUUAUUUCUUUUACUCUGAUUAUGCUGCGGAAGACUAUCCCGUAGUUAAAAUGGAAAACUUACGUGAGGCUCGAAUCUUCCUUAUGGUUAGUGAUGAAGAGAUUGAGCGAGUGAGAGUGCCAAAUAAUGAUUUGUUCGAGGAUGAUAUGGACAAUGUUGUUCUCCGAUUUGAACAUGUGGGGAAGCUUAUGAAUGGCAUACGAAAUGUUGAGUAUCUGGACUUGUCUGCUGAUACUCUCGAGGUGCUUUCUCUAUGCUGUGAAUCGAUGCCCGUGUUCAAAAACCUCAAAUCGUUAGCUAUUAAAAGUAACGAAAGCCGAGGAUGGCAAGCAAUGCCAGUUCUUCUAAGGAACUGUCCACAUUUAGAAUCUCUAGUCAUUGAGGGACUCUUGCAUCAUGUCACAGAUAAAUGCGGGGAUGCUUGUGACUGCGUUUCUCGGGAGGACAAAGGUCGUUCCCUGACAUCUUGUCCAGUAAAGAUGUUAGAGAUUCAUGGGUUUGGAGGGACAAAAAAAGAGAUGCAAAUGAUAAAGCAUUUCUUGGACUAUUUUCCUAGUUUGAAGGAGAUGGAGAUAUAUGCUGACGAGGAUGGUCCUACAAACCUCGAAGCUCCUGGGAUGUUUGAACAAAUUGCGCAUCUUUUUACACUCUACGACCAGGUUUAUACUUGUGAUGUCCAGUUUAUGGUGUGUGGUUCCUUAUAUAAGAAGUUGACUGCACAAUGAUGUGUCUUCAAGGAAGAAAACUUACCUCAUAGAUUGGUCCAACCUUCGGACUCUUUGUUAGAAGCUUAAAUGUAUACCAAGUCGUUUCAGUUUUUUAUAUCUCUUACAUUUUCUGCCCCGUUAUUCAGAAUAGUUUGCUAGAUUUUGUCGCUUAUCUCUCUUCCUGUUUCUUCUCUCAAUUUGUAAACCCUACAUUGUCACAAUCUUUUCCUUGAUCAUAUGGAGAUAAAUAUUUGAUUA